AUCAGUGAAUGUCCAUUCCAGAAUUUUGAUCUAUAUAUACUGUACCAAAGCUGCUGUCAUGGGCAGCAAGGUGUUGAAAGUAGUGCUUCUGGCAUGGACAUGGUGUCUACUGGCUGGUUUCGCUCUAGUUCUUGCCUCACCUGCUGAUGAAGCAGACCCUGAAGAAGGGAUCCAAGAGGAGAUUGUUGCCAACCAAGGGUUUUAUCCAUUGCUAAUGCCCAACGUUCAUCCUCCGUCGGAUGAAUCUUACCUAUGCACACCCAUCAAGCUCAACCCGGAUCAAACUUACUACAUAACGGGUUUCAGGCCAAAUGCAACGGCUGCAACUGCGCAUCACAUGUUGAUCUAUGGAUGUGACUCAAAACCAGGAAGCUCCAAAGCAGUUUGGCCAAAUGCGACGGCUGCAACUGCGCAUCACAUGAAUUGCGGAGAAAUGUCGAGAAGUUUCGGUUCUGGGAUGGACGUGGCCAAGCCCUGUAGCGGAAGUUCCAGAGUCGUCUAUGCCUGGGCCAUGGACGCACCGGCACUGGUACUUCCGCCGGAAGUCGGCUUCAAAGUUGGCGCGGGAUCUGACAUCAAUUACCUUGUUCUGCAAGUUCAUUACGCCACGAUCGCCCCUUUCAAAGGUCAAGUUGUGUCGGGGUACAGAGUUCGCAAAACUGAAGACUCGGGAUACGACUGGCAACUGAUAGGAAAACAAGAUCCUCAAUUGCCGCAAAUGUUUUAUCCAGCGCAGAAUGAGCUGCAAAUUCGACAAGGCGACAUCAUUGCUUCCAGGUGCACAAUGAAGAGCAACAGAAUGAGAAUCACGACUGUUGGACCGACGAAUCGUCACGAAAUGUGCAAUUUCUACAUGAUGUACUGGGUGGACGGGGGAAAUCCGUUGGAGCAGAAAUAUUGCCAAACAGCUGGUCCUCCGUUGUUCUACUGGUCGUGGUACGGACUGAGGAAUAUUCCACAGGACGCCUCAGUUCUUGACGAUCUAGUACUUGCCUCGACUGAUUAUGAAGCAGACCCUGAAGACAUCGAAGAAGAAAUUGCCCCGAACCAUGGGUUCAUUCCCUUCUUGAUGCCCAAUAUUCGUCCUUCAGUGUACAUUUCAGGCCAAAUGCGACAGCUGCAACGGAAGUGUGGUAUGGUCUGCAGUGGAAGAUCCAGAGUCAUGUAUGGCUGGGCCAAGGAUGCCCCGGAACUUUUUCUUCCGCCGGAAGUUGGCUUCAAUGUGGGGCGUGGUUCCGGCCUAAAAUACCUUGUAUUGCAAGUUCAUUACUCUAAUGUGGCUCCUUUCAAAGGAGGGAAGAGAGACAAUUCUGGAGUGUUUCUGCAUUACACCACUGAACCGCAGCCAAAAUCAGCCGGUGUGUUCAUGUUGUCAACCGGCGGUGUAAUUAAGCCGCACUCAACCGCACACAUGGAAUCUGCGUGCCAAAUAAAAGAGGACAAGGUCAUUCAUCCAUUUGCUUUCCGGACACACACUCAUACCCUGGGCUUCGAGAUGCACAAUGAAGAGCGAACGGAAGAUAACCACAACCGUGGGAUCAACAAAUUGGCACGAAAUGUGCAAUUUCUACAUGAUGUAUUGGGUAGAUGGCGGAAAUCUCUUGAAGCAGGUGCAUUGCACAUCAGCUGGUCCUCCAUCGUUUUCUUGGUCAUGGUAUGGACUGAAAAACAUCCCAAAAGACGCCUCACAGCUUGACGAAUGAAACAUCAUUUUUGAAGAAGAACAUUUUAAUGAUGUGAACAUACAUGGAAGCAGGUGACAUCAUAUUAGAUCGACAUUUCUGGUCGGUUAUUAAAAUUGAUGUUUGGAUUCAAGGAAAAGUCCCAGUACUUAAAAUACUUUUGCAUUGCCUUGUUCAUCUGCGCAAACUCAUGAUUUUGAAGAAACAUAGUGGAAAUGAACUGCCAAAUUAUGUGCAAGCA